AGUCGGUUCUCCUUGCAUCGUCAUAUUAGAGACAGCGGGGUAGGACUUCGGGAGCUCCAGCCUCCAAGGCUUAUUUUGACAAGCGGGCUGUCUGAUGAAUGAGGACGCUUACGUGGGCUGCCAAUGAGGACAAUUCCAGCGAAUAUGCUGAUUUAGUCGAUCGGAUGUCGUCGGAGGUCCUCGGUACGUAUCGGGAGAUGUAGUUGACUUGGGCAUCCCCAUCUUGCCCAUUUAGCAAAUCCAGCCAAGCAAGCGAGCGUCAUGUCACCGCUAGGGCCGACCGCCGUUGUCUUUUCUAGACUGCACGACUGGCGUUGCCCUCAUGCUAAGAGAAUCCUCGAUGUUCUUUGGUCGACAAAUCCACAAUCCCCUCCCAGAUCCCUGCCAGUCGCCUUGAAGCCGCCCUUUGAACGGCAGCCACGACUUCGUGCAGCCCGCAUUGCUUCUUGCCCUUGCGCACCAAAGAAACUAUCAUUGACUGCGACCAGUCAACGAGAGGCCAGGAGGCUCGCGAGGCAUUGCCGGUCAACAGAGAAAGGCAAAGGGCAAACCAAAAUUUUCUCGUCGAUAGCCAUUGGCGCCCACUUUCUCGCGCACUCCCACAGUUUCGAGCGGUUCAAAUCGACAAUCAUUCCUCCGUUCCCCCUUUUGACGUUGUCACAUUUGCAUUGCAUUGGCGACGCAUUUGCCCUGGUUGCUUUGAAAGUGCAACGGCCCUGGUCUCAGAUCUUUUUGGAGACGAGCAUCACUCUCAAGUCUAGUUCUCUUGCAUUGGGUCCGGGGUCUGGAGCUCUGGAAGCUGUCCUGACUUCCCCCACUUCACCACACCAAAACCCACGUUUCCGUGUUGCGUGCGUUGAUCCUAUAUCGAUAUAUUCUCCGUUCCGCGUACUGCUACAUUUACCUUCUGUCUGAAAGCAAGUGUGUCUACUCACAACUGGUCCAAAACAAUGUGUUGCUGAAAUCCCGCGACACCCUACGCGGCUGCAAGAUUGUCUGGUCCGGCCCGGGCAUUGGUUGCGCAGUGCUUCGCUUCGCUCGUCUAUCCACGAUUGGAAUGUGCAGCAUUCAAC